AUGGACUUACGUCCUAUUGCCUUAUGUCAAGUCCUUUACAAGAUUAUAUCCAAGAUGUAUGCGAAUAGAUUAAAGGCUAUCCUUCCAAAAAUUAUUUCGCCGACUCAAAGUGCUUGUGUACUGGGAAGGCACAUUCAGGAUAACUCAAUUAUUGCCUCUGAGUCAGUUCAUUAUUUGAAAGCUAGAAGAUGUGGAAGAGUUGGCUAUGCUGCAUUGAAGAUUGAUAUUAGCAAAGCCUAUGAUAGGCUUGAGUGGAUUUUCCUAAGUGUUGUUAUGAGGAAAAUGGGUUUUAGCGAGAAAUGGAUUGCCCAAAUUCUACACUGUAGUUCUUCAGUUUCUUACAAAGUCUUGCAUCAAGGACAGGUUAUCGGACCUAUUGUACCUAGUAGGGGUUUGCGGCAGGGUGAUCCUUUAAGUCCUUAUUUGUUUAUUAUUUGUACCGAAGCCCUUUCACGACUUAUUCAAGCAAAGGAGAAUGCAGGAGCAAUUCAUGGGAUAAAAAUUAUUAGAGGUGCUCCAACAGUGUCCCACUUAUUUUUUGCCGACGACAGUGUUUUAUUUUUUAAGGCUACUAUUCCAGAGGCUCAAACUAUUCAGUCUUUGCUUUCAGAGCAUGCGCUUGCAUCAGGACACGCCAUUAAUUUUUCAAAAUCUUUGGUCUAUUUUAGCCCAAACACAGAUACUGGUACAAAGAGGGACAUUUGCUCUUUACUGCAGGUUGGGGAACACGAUGACCUUGGCACUUAUUUGGGGCUACCUAUGGCUAUCAGGAGGAAUAAGAAAGAAGUCUUUGGGUACAUUAAGGAUCGAUUUUGGAAAAAACUCAACUCUUGGAAGAUUAAGAAGUUAUCAAAGGCAGGCAUUCAUUGGAUGAGUUGGGAAUGUUUAUGCCGGGAUAAAAAUGUUGGAGGUCUUGCUUUUAAGCAAUUACGGGAAUUCAACAUUGCUCUCCUUGGGAAGAUUAGGUGGAAAUUGAUUAAGGAGCCAGAAUCCUUAGUGGCACAGUUGCUAAAAGUGAGAUAUUAUGCGAAUGUCGAUUUUCUUGCGGCACCUUUGGGAGGAGCUUAUUCAGAGUGGGAUGUGCUGGAAAGUUGGAUGCAGAAGGAGUAUUGCUAUAUGGAUUUAUUGUUAAAUGGAAGGUGGAAUGAGCAGUUGAUACGGAGAAUAUUUAAUUAUCGAGAUGUAUCCUUCAUUUUAAGAAUACCCAUAAUCACUGGAGUCGCUGAUGAGAUCAUUUGGAGGUUUGAGAUUGAUGGGUCAUACUCGGUGAAGACUGCCUAUAGAGCACUUGUGCAGAAACAACCAUUAAUGAUCCAUGCAGAUAUGAGGAGGUUGUGGACUCGCUUAUGGAAGAUUAGAGCACCAUCACAGAUUUGGUCAGUGAGGAAUGAUAUUAUAUGGUCUCAGAAGCACUCCUCACCGAUGGCUGUUUGGCAUAAAGCCUCGAGUUUUCUGUCUGAUUGGUUGAAGGUCGCUGCUGGGUCAAGUAGAACACCAUCUGUUGUGUCUAAAUGGCAAAAAUCGGAACUUAAUUGGGUCAAAUUAAACGUGGAUGCAGCUGUUUAUACAGAUGGUACUAGUGCUGGUUAUAGGGCAGUUUUAUGGGAUAGUGAUGCAGUUUUGUUGGGUGUUAAGAUUGGCAAAUUUGAGGUCAGUUUAAGGCCAAUUGAAGCAGAAGCAAUGGCCAUCAAAGAAGCGUUAAGCUGGUUAGAGGAUGGCCAUCAAAGAAGCGUUAAGCUGGUUAAAGGGGAGAGGAUGGCAUCAAAUUGUUGUGGAAUCUGA